UUGAGGUUUGUUGCAGUCUAAAAUCUAUCCAUUCCAGAGCAGAGCUGGCCCAGUUCAAUAUAUUAUUUCGCUGUGGAUUCUGGGAGUUGAAGACACUGUCCAAGCUUGUUGUAGCCUUCCGAGUGUUGACAGAAGACACACUGCUGUUCCCUAUUUCUACAGGUGAGUGUCAUCAUGACAUGCGGCACUUUGUGAUGGACCCACCUGUUCAGCCAAUGAGAGAAGACUUGAAAUUUACAAGAUGGCGGCAUACACAUGCGUAUGUAUUUAUUUACUUUCAAACGCGCCACCUGCAACUGGACACAUACAUUUUAGAAGAUACAUGUUUGGCCAAAUCGAGAACGACAAUGGCAUCGCCAAUACCAGAACCUCACACGGGUAGCGACACCAUGUCCAGCCGAGGAGGGAAAAAGAAGGCCACCAAGAUGUCCAGGUCGACGAAGGCCGGAGUCAUCUUCCCCGUGGGCCGAAUGCUGCGCUACAUCAAGAAGGGUCUGCCCAAGUACAGGGUCGGUGUGGGUGCCCCAGUCUACAUGGCCGCUGUUCUGGAGUACCUCACUGCUGAAAUCCUGGAGCUGGCGGGCAAUGCAGCCAGGGACAAUAAGAAAGGUCGUGUCACACCACGACACAUCCUUCUAGCCAUCGCCAACGACGAGGAGCUCAACCAGCUGCUGAAAGGUGUAACCAUCGCAGCCGGAGGCGUCUUACCUAACAUCCACCCUGAGCUGCUAGCUAAGAAGAGGGGGUCAAAGGGCAAGCUGGAGGCUGUCAUCACGCCUCCUCCCGCCAUCAAGAAAUCCAAGAUGUCUUCCUCCAAGAAAUCAGCCAAAAAGGCAGCUGCAGGGAAAAGAGCCAAAGCUAAGCAGAAACAGGGAGAGGUGAGCAAAGCUGCCUCGGCAGACAGCACCACGGAAGGAACGCCUACGGACGGAUUCACUGUCCUCUCCACCAAGAGUCUUUUCCUGGGUCAGAAGCUAAACCUGGUUCACAGUGAGGUCAGUAACUUGGCUGGCUUUGACGUGGAGGGGGUCAUCAACCCCACCAAUGCAGACAUUGACCUUAAAGAUGAUCUAGGUGGUGCUCUGGAGAAGAAGGGAGGGGAGGAGUUUGUGGACGCCAUGUUGGAGUUACGGAAGAAGAACGGUCCCCUGGAAGUGGCUGGAGCGGUGCUGUCUUCUGGCUAUGGUCUUCCUGCCAAGUUCGUGAUCCACUGCAACAGUCCAGGCUGGGGUUCGGAGAAGUGUGAGGAGCUGCUGGACCAGACCGUGAAGAACUGCCUGGUCCUGGCCGACGAGAAGAAGCUCAAGUCUGUGGCCUUCCCUUCCAUUGGCAGUGGAAGGAAUGGCUUCCCGAAGCAGACGGCUGCCCAGCUCAUCCUAAAAGCCAUCUCCAGCUACUUUGUGGCCACCAUGUCUUCUUCCAUCAAGACGGUCUACUUCGUGCUGUUCGACAGCGAGAGCAUAGGGAUCUAUGUGCAGGAGAUGGCCAAGCUUGACUCAAACUAAGCCCCCCCGCCCUACCCAAUUGCAUUACUACAGGCUUGUUUAGAAUUUUAUUUAGAGAGAAAAAUGAAAGAUGUUUACCGGUGAUUUUUGUAAAAAGAAGAAAAAAACACACAAAAAACCCCCCCACUUUAUUGAGAGGAAGUGAUUUACGUUCUGUUUUAUUUGUUGAGAUGAAUCGUUGGAGUUCAGAUGGUAAUGUGUCCCUGGUGGUGUCAGACUUGGGUCGCGGCUCAGAAGGGUGAAACGUUCUGAAUGUUGUCUUCUUCUCUUCUCUCUGAUUCCCUAAUUGUACGUGACACAAGUCUCUGUUCUGUUGUGUUUCCGCUGAGCAAGGCCCUGGUCCAAUCAGGAUGGUGGUACUUAAUUUCCUUGUGAUAAAACUGAACGAGUUGCAUUCCAAGUGUUGGAGUACUGUGGUUCUUUUGUGAGAUUUGUCUUAAUUUGUCUUUUAUUUUUAUUUUUUAAUUGUAACAUAACCUUUUUAUGUUUACGAUGUAUUAUCAGUGAUGUACUAGUUGGAGUGAAAUGUUUUAGUAAAAUAUUAGACAGGUUUUCCUUUUUUUUUUCUUAAAAAAAAAAAACAGGUUUUGUUUUUAUUCUGAUUUUCACUUUGCCAACUCUAAAAGAAACUUAUUUGAAAAGAAAAGUGAUUUGUGUUUUUAUUCAGUUAUAAAGCUAUUUUGUUUUGAGGAGUUGAAAGAAGUUGUACAGGCUUUUGCUCACAGGCAAUUAGUCCCCUCUCUGCUUAUAGGCAAUUAGUCCCCUCUGCUCACAGGCAAUUAGUCCUCUCUGCUCACAGGCAAUUAGUCCUCUCUGCUCACAGGCAAUUAGUCCUCUCUCUGCUCACAGGCAAUUAGUCCCCUCUCUGCUCACAGGCAAUUAGUCCCCUCUCUGCUCACAGGCAAUUAGUCCCCUCUCUGCUCACAGGCAAUUAGUCCCCUCUCUGCUCACAGGCAAUUAGUCCCCUCUCUGCUCACAGGCAAUUAGUCCCCUCUCUGCUCAUAGGCAAUUAGUCCUCUCUCUGCUCACAGGCAAUUAGUCCCCUCUCUGCUCACAGGCAAUUAGUCCCCUCUGCUCACAGGCAAUUAGUCCUCGCUCUGCUCACAGGCAAUUAGUCCUCUCUCUGCUCACAGGCAAUUAGUCCUCUCUCUGCUUAUAGGCAAUUAGUCCUCUCUCUGCUCAUAGGCAAUUAGUCCUCUCUCUGCUCACAGGCAAUUAGUCCUCUCUCUACUUAUAGGCAAUUAGUCCUCUCUCUGCUUAUAGGCAAUUAGUCCCCUCUGCUUAUAGGCAAUUAGUCCCCUCUCUGCUCACAGGCAAUUAGUCCCCUCUCUGCUCACAGGCAAUUAGUCCUCUCUCUGCUCACAGGCAAUUAGUCCUCUCUCUGCUUAUAGGCAAUUAGUCCUCUCUCUGCUCAUAGGCAAUUAGUCCUCUCUCUGCUCACAGGCAAUUAGUCCUCUCUCUACUUAUAGGCAAUUAGUCCUCUCUGCUUAUAGGCAAUUAGUCCCCUCUGCUUAUAGGCAAUUAGUCCCCUCUCUGCUCACAGGCAAUUAGUCCCCUCUCUGCUCACAGACAAUUAGUCCUCUCUGCUCACAGGCAAUUAGUUCUCUCUCUGCUCACAGGCAAUUAGUCCUCUCUCUGCUUAUAGGCAAUUAGUCCUCUCUCUGCUCACAGGCAAUUAGUCCUCUCUCUGCUUAUAGGCAAUUAGUCCCCUCUGCUUAUAGGCAAUUAGUCCCCUCUCUGCUCACAGGCAAUUAGUCCUCUCUCUGCUCACAGGCAAUUAGUCCUCUCUCUGCUCACAGGCAAUUAGUCCUCUCUCUGCUCACAGGCAAUUAGUCCCUCUCUGCUCACAGGCAAUUAGUCCUCUCUCACCAGUAGAUGGCUCCCUAUCGUCAGGAGUGAGGUCUUUCACUGAGUUAUUUUGUGCUGGAAAGACCUCUUCAUUACGAUGUCUAAAAUGAAGUGUCUGAUGGGUGGAUCAGAAUGGAUGUUGCUAAUUGCUGUCGGCACUGUGUUUUGGAGUUUUCCAUAUCUUUCUAAUGAUGACUUGAAGAAGAAAAGCUUUAAUAUUCUUCUUUAAUAUAUAAUAUAAUAUCUUUAAUAUUGCUAAACAUGAGAACACAGGACUAUCCAAUAAAGUAUAUUGAAAACA